AUGUGGAGAAAAUCUCCUACCAACCCCCCAUUACGCCGCGAAGAUCACCCGUUUCAGGUCCCAUCCUCCGAUGUUCCUGCUGGCCCCAGCACUGCAGCUGCAGCCGCAGCUUACACCGGCGCUGCUCGCCGUUCCCCUUCCCCUGCAGCUUACGCCUGUGCUGCGCGUCGUUCCCACUCGCCUGCUGCGUACGGCGAUCCGUACGCGUACGAGGGUGAUGAUCCGUACCAAGAUGAAACGUAUCAGCAGAGCUCGUAUCAGCAGAGUUCGUACGAGCAAGGCUCUUCGUACCAGCCGCACCAGCAGCACUACCAGCGCGGAUCCCGAAAGCAGCAGCAGCAGCAGCAGCAGCAGCAUCGCCGGCAGCACCAGCAGCAGCAACAGCCGCCGCAAUUCGAGGAACCUGCGUGGCUUUCCCGCCAAGUCAAGGCUUGCGCGCCCGCCCCAAACGAGCUCUCAUUGGUCGGCCGGCCGUGGCUUAUCCACGAGGACGAUGACGUGGCAGCUGACGUGGCGGGCGGCGGCGGGCUGCUUCCCUGGAAGGGGGAAGAUUCUCUAAUGAUAGACCGCUUUGAUGUCAGGCAUCUAUUGGACGAUCUUAAAACGAUCAGGCGGAAAAAGGGGGGACGAGGAGGGGGGAGAGGGGGAGGGGACGCAGGGGAGGGUGGGGAGGAGGAGGAGAUGGAAAGGGAGAGGUAUGUGGAGCUGGAUAUGAUUGAGAAAGAGGAGAGACGGAAGGCAGCAGCGGCAGAGGCGCAGAGAAAAGAGGAAGCGGCUGGGGGGACGGAGGAUGUGUGGGAGAGGGCAGCAAGGAGCAGAGGAGGAGGAUUUGCCGUGGCGGCAGCAUCGUCAGAGGACGUUGCUGGGCAUGGGCAGGGUACGAGGCUUGUUUCUCCAGCAGCAGUUCUCUUCCCGCGUAUCUCCCAGCAGGCAGUCACUCGCCCCGCCUAUGCUGCUGUGGCCUUCAACUACACCUCCUCUGCUGCCCCAGUGGCGCAGCAAGGAGCCCAUACUUCAUCCCCUCACAUUGCUGCUGCUGGUGAUGCUCAAACAGCGCCCACAACAGAGAGAAUUUACACCAUCAUGGCUCGUACUGCGUCAUUCAUUCGAAAGGCGGGCGCACAGGCGGAGAUUGUGCUGCGAGUGAAGCACAAGGGCAACCCCGCCUUCGCCUUCCUCUCACCCAACCCCUCACCCCCUCUUCCCUUUUUCCCCUGUUCUCCAGCCCCCAACAGAGAAAGUAUACACGAUAAUGGCCCGCACUGCACAGUUUGUGAGAAAGGCGGGCGCACAGGCAGAGUUGUGCUGCGAGUGAAGCAGCAGAGCAACGCCUCCCUCGCCUUCCUCUCCCCUGACCACUCCUUCUUGCCAUUCCCCCCUGUUCUCCAGCCCCGAUCAGAGAAAGUAUACACCAUAAUGGCACGUACUGCUUUGUUUAUACGAAAGGCGGGCGCACAGGCAGAGAUCGUGCUGCGAGUGAAGCACAAGGGCAACUCUGCCUUCGCCUUCCUCUCCCCUGACCACUCCUUGCACCCCCGUUCCUCCCUUCCACCAGCCCUCUUUCUCAGUACUCCCUUUCCCCCCCCAACGGAAAAGAUUUACACAAUUAUGGUUCGCACAGCGUCAUUCAUACGAAAGGCAGGCGCACAGGCAGAGAUUGUGCUGCGAGUGAAGCAGAAGGGCAACAUCGCCUUCGCCUUCCUAUUUCCUGACACCCCCCUACACCCCUUCUUCCGCUUCCUAGUGGCAAAUCCGCAGCUGGUAGAGCAAGGGGGGAAGGGGAAGGGGAAGGGGCAGGGGGAAGGGAAGGGAGAGGAGGAGAAGGGUGCGGGGAAGGGGGAGAAAGAGGGGGUGGGUGUGGGUGAGGGGACGGAGAGAGGAGGUGAGAGGGGCGGGAGGGUGAGUGUGGAGAAGGGGAGUGCUGUCUCGCUGCUUGGUGCUGCCUAUGGGGAGGAUGAGGAGGAAGAGGAGAAGAAAGAGGGUAAGGAGGACGGGAAGGAAGAGCAGGAGAGGGAGGAGGAAGAAGAGGGGAGGAAGGGGAAGGAGGAGGAAGAGGGAGAGGAUGAAGGGAGCGAAGGAGGCAACAAAGAAGGGCGUGAAAGGCAACAGGGGGAAUCAAAGGAGGACGAUGGAGCAUCUGAGGAAAGAGAUACGGAGGAAAGGGUUAUCGAGGGAGUGGAGGGAAGUAGGUGGUUCACUGAGUCAGAACCUGCUGAAGCAGCGGAGGAGGUGUCUGAGAAAGGAGGCGUGGAAGGUGGAACAGAGAUUCCUUCAGAAGGUGAUGCCUUACCAAAACAGCCUUGCCCAGAACAGCUGCCCCCAGAACAGCCUCCCCCUGAACAGCCUCCCCCAGUUGAGCCUCCAGUGGUCUCGGAUGAGCCUCCCCCUCCUGGGAUGGAAACAGAAGAAGAAGCAGGGAGAGCGGAUCGGGGAGGCGGGGAGGGUGAGGGAGGAGAGGAAGGUGAUGAAUUGGCGGAGGGAGGAGCAGCAGCAGGAGCUGCAGGAGGAGCGGGAGGAGCAGGCGGAGAAGGAGGAGGAAGAGUAGCAGCAGGGGCGACGGGAGGGGAAGAGGCGGAAGAAGUGCCGGAGUCGGUGCGGGGCGUGGUGGGGAAGAUGGUUGAGUUCAUAGUGCGCAACGGGCACAAGUUUGAGAGCAUUGUGCGGCAGAGAGAUGCUGGGGAAGGGCGCUUCCCUUUCUUGCUGCCUGGGGAUCGCUUUCACGCCUACUACCAACGAACACUGAAGGAAGCUCUGGAGGUGAGGGACGUGGGCGAGGGGCGCUUCCCGUUCCCGCUGCCGGGAGACCGCUUCCAUGCCCACUACCAGCGCACACUGCAGGAGGCUCUGGAGUGCGCCAAUGCCCCUCUGGUGUUGAUGCCACAGCCACCCCACUACCCGCGCCAAUGCCCCUCUGGUGUUGAUGCCACAGCCGCCCCCUCGCCCUCGCCCCCCCACUGCCGUCCUGCCUGGCAAACUGCCCGUGCCUGCAUGUCCAUCUCUCAUUCCUCCCAACCUUCGCCCUUUCCCCUGCGUGUCUCUCCCCCGUUUUUUCCCCCACAGCGCGCCAAUGCCCCUCUGGUGUUGAUGCCACAGCCACCCCCUCGCCCUCGGCCCCCCACUGCCGUGCUGCCAGGGAAACUGCCCGUGCCUGCUGUCCGCAAACUGAAGGGGGCAGAGGCGGGUGUGGUUCUACGAGAUGUGACUCUAGCUGGAGGGGAGUCUGGUAGGGGUGGUGAGGCGGAGGGAGGGGAGGAGGAGGGUGAGAGGGAGAGGGCGGAGGAGAAGGGGGAGGGAGCGGAGGGUGCCGGUGCAGCCAGGGCAGCCGGUGCUGCUGCAGGAAGCAGUGAUUCUGGGAUUCUCUCUUCCACCACUGCAGCUGCCGGUGCUGCUUCUUCUGCUGCUGCUGCUGCUGCUGCUGCUGCUGCUGCUGCUGCAGGGAACCACACAGUCAGGGCCACUGAUGCUGCAGCAGGGGGCAGUGAUGGUGGUACAGCUCCAGCCACACAAGCGGCUGAGGUUGCUCUGGCAGCAGCGGCGGCGGCUGCAGCAGCAGCAGUGGCCAAGGCGCUGCCCCUUCUUGGCUUGUCGGGACAGGCUGAUGGUGGAGUUGGGAAGAUUGGAGGGGGAAAGGGUCAGGCGGCAGGCAAAGGAGCGAUAGGAGGAGCAGUAGGAGGAGCAAAAGUAGGGGUGAAUGGAGUGGAAAGUGGAUCAGGUGAAGCGAAGAAGGGGAUAGGUGGAUUGAAAGGAGAAGCAGAAGCAGGUGGUGUAGCGAAGGAAGGGGGGAGCAGGGAGGAGGGAGAGAGGAGCGAUGAAGAGGAGAGAAGAAAGGACGGGGAGGAGAAUGGGAAGGAAAGGGGGAGGUCGAGGAAAAGUGAGAUGGGGAGCGGAAAGGGGAGGGUGAAAGAGUCCUCGUCCCCUUUAUCCCCCUCUCGGUCACUUAGGAAAAGCCGCGGGCACUUAGGAAAAGCCGCAGGCACGAGGAGAAGCCGUGGGCACUUAGGAAAAGGGAGUGGUGGCGACAAGAGGAAAAAGCGUGAGCGCUCUAGUGAGGGCAGUGACAGUGAUGAGAGGGAACGGCGUGGGCGGUCUAUGUCGAGUUCUCCUAUAACAAGGAUAAAGGAAGGGGAGAGGAAAGGGAGAGGCGAUGGGAAGGGGAAGAAGGCAGAGGAGAGGGAAGGGAAGAGGGGAAGGGAGAGGGGGGGAGGGGAGAGGGAAAAGAGAGGGGAGGGGAAGAGGGAAAGGGACGACCAUAGAGAGAGGGAUAGGGUGAUGAAAAGGAGGUCAGUGUCUCCUGAAAGAAAGCGCAUGAGAGGAGAGGGCAAAGGCAAGGAGAGCAAGCAUACAGUCGAGGCAAAGCCAAGGGAAGAACAGAGGAAAGGUAGUGGGAAGGAGAGAGCAGCUGCGCCUGCAUUUGGCGUGAAAAGGGAGUCACGUGAAGAGGAGAGCAAUCAGGGGGGGAGGGAGAUGGGGGAGAGCAAGGUGGGUGCGGAGGGGUAUCCUGCAGCAAGUGUGAGUGUGCCUGAUGACAUUCGAGCCAAGGUGAAGGCGCUGCUGCGGAAGCUGUGA